AUGGCCUCUCGCUCGACACCAAUCGUUUCCUCGAUCCUGCGCCAGCUCCGCUCGCAGCCCCAGCGCAUAAUCCGCGCUCGCCCCGCCGCAGUUUUCCAACCCUUGAUCGCCUCCCGCGCGGCGCAUUCGAUCCCCCGCCCGCCGACGCAAAAGUACGCGCAGCCCAACCGCGAGCAAGCACAGCCCGGAGAGGAGCCCAAGAGCGAGGGCGACCGACCAGAGAUCAAGCCGUCGUACUAUCAGCUGUCCUUCACCUGCGUGCCCUGCGGCCAUCGCUCCCACCACAACGUCUCCAAGCAGGGCUACCACUACGGCUCUACGCUUAUUACCUGCCCUGAAUGCCGAAACCGUCACGUCAUCAGCGAUCAUUUGAAUAUCUUUGGCGAUCGCAAGAUCACCGUCGAGGAUCUCAUGCGGGAAAAGGGACAGCUCGUCAAGAGAGGAAGCCUGGGUGAGGACGGCGAUAUUGAGUUCUGGCCAGAGGAAUCUCUUGCUCAAUCUGAAGAGGGGACUGGAAAGACCGAGACUUCAUAA